AUGGAAUGUAGCUACCAGACUGUGUUUGCGUGGAAAAGUCAUGGAGAACAACGGUUUGGUCCGUGUCCAGAAAAAUGGUAUCCAUUGCUGAGCUUCAAAAAACCUGACCUCACACUUUUAAGUAAAUGCGUCUUGCACAUUGACACUAAAGAGAAUCAAACAUCAUAUAGGGAGGUAGGCAAAAUAUGUUCCAAUAUGUUGAACGUGAAAGUCAACACUACUGCGGGAAUGUAUUCUCCAUACGAUCGUGAAGAGUUUAAAGAUUUUCGCGAACUGUCGUCAAAGUUAAAGCUGAAAGGAACGAUUGAUAUUUUCCUUCAAGAAAAAAUCCCGAUUGAUCAUGCAGGAAAUGAUCGUCGGAUGGUACUAGAGACGUUUAAAGAAGCCAUAAAUGCAGCCCCUGAUAGGUCAUGUAUGUUUCUUGAUGAGCAGGUCAAGCAUUUUGACAAAUUAUCUAUCAGAACUUUAUAA